UGUACCCGUUUCAGGGGUAUUAUUUGGGGUUAUUUUCAGAGCUGCCUGCAGUCAAGAUGAACGGCUGCCAUACUGUUGGCAGUGACAGCAAUGGAUCAAACUCAGAGCUGUGGCACAUGGAAAGCUCGGUCCCCAGCGUGAUUCUCGGCUUGUCUUUUCUUGUUGGAGUUCCUGGAAACCUCCUGGUGAUAUGGACCAUCCUUUAUCACAUCAAGCACAGAUCCCACACUGUGGUGCUGAUCCUCAACCUGGCUGUUUGUGACUUUAUGGUCGUCAUCACUCUGCCUGUUUGGAUCUACUCUCUGGCUGAUGCCUGGGUCUUUGGAGAGACGUUCUGCAAGGCAAUGGUGCACGUAGUCUACUCCAGUAUGUACGGCAGCAUGUUCUUGAUCACAUUGAUGAGCGCAGAUCCCUUGGAUCCUGGCUUUCCUCCUUGGCGUUCCUGUUAUUCUGUCACAGACAGCAGACGAUGUAGAUGGGAAGCCACAUUGCCUUGACCGGGUACACAAAAAAAAUGCAGGAGGUUGGUUGCCUGUUGCUUAGUUGGUUUUGCCAUUCCCUUUUCCAUCUUCUCCAUUUGUUACUCAUGCGUGGGGAA